GUGAGUGUAGAAAGGCGUUCUCUCUUUCUCUGUCCAGUACCAUAAGGAACGAGGAAGGUCCUUCUCUUAAGAUAUUCCAUGGCUCAUGCCCUUCUUUAUUUGAUGUUGCCCUUCUUCUUCGUCCUUGCAAUUGCCCAUGCAAAAUCGAACCCUCAUUGUCCGCCUUCUUCUUGUGAUAACAUCAUCAACAUAACCAGUCCUUUCCGACUUAACACCGAUCCAAAACAGUGUGGCUACCCUAAUUUUCAGCUUUCUUGUGAGAACAAUCUUACGGUAUUACACUUAAAUUCUGUCAAAUACUUGGUGCGCUCAAUCAAUUAUGUCAAUUACACCAUUCGAUUAGUGGACUCCAAUCUUGACAAAACCAAUUGCUCCUCCCUUCCAAAUGACUUUCUACGAGAAUAUAGGCACAAUGACUACAGCCCUUACAUAAAUUUAUUUAGGAAUCAACGUCUGAAACUACUAAAGAGUAUAGUAUUCUUGAAAUGUGAGAAACCAGUAAACUCCUCUUAUUAUAUAGACACCUCUCCUUGCAACAUUGGUCACGUUAUUUCUUCUUAUUAUCAUCACUACUAUGUGGUCGAUGGUGGCUUUAACGUUUCUGAUUUGGCGAGCGGGUGCCGCACGGAGCUAAGGGCCCUCGUAUCAGAUCAGACAAUAGUGAAUGGAAAGAAUACUUCUUAUGUAGAUAUUCACAACGAGCUUGUCUAUGGCUUUGAGCUUUCGUGGAUGGAAACAGGUUUCACCAACGGAAAAUAUUUAUGCCACAUCGAUUAUUCCAACGAGAUCCAUUGUCGUUGUGUUGCUGCAGAAAAAACAUCCAAAGCUCGUCGCCGGAUAUUGGGGGAUUGGUUACUCUGCAACUUUUCUUUAAUAUGGUAUCUGCGUGGAGUACCAUUGACUAUAAUAUGGGAUGGGCUGUGUAAGUAUUAUCGAGAGCUUUUGUUUUUAGAUCACUAUGUCAUAUAUCUGAUUUCUUAUAUAUGGUAUUCUUAAUGUUAAAAUAAUAAUAAUUGAAUAAUUAUUUAUGUUCGAAUAAUAGCAUUUUUACUCAACUAUGAAAAUUGCAAAAUUUGCCA